AUGGUACCAGCGACUGUGGUAUCAGGGACUGUGGUACCAGCGACUGUGGUGCCAGUGACUGUGGUAUCAGGGACUGUGGUACCAGUGACUGUGCACGUGGUACCAGCGACUGUGGUACCAGCGACUGUGGUACCAGUGACUGUGGUACCAGCGACUGUGGUGCCAGUGACUGUGGUAUCAGAGACUGUGGUACCAGCGACUGUGGUGCCAGUGACUGUGGUAUCAGGGACUGUGGUACCAGUGACUGUGGUACCAGCGACUGUGGUACCAGUAACUGUGGUACCAGCGACUGUGGUGCCAGUGACUGGUACCAGCGACUGUGGUGCCAGCGACUGUGGUGCCAGUGACUGUGGUAUCAGGGACUGUGGUACCAGCGACUGUGGUACCAGCGACUGUGGUACCAGUGACUGUGGUACCAGCGACUGUGGUACCAGCGACUGUGGUACCAAUGACUGGUACCAGUGA